GCUCCCUCGCGCGCGAAAAAAAAAGGAACCCGAAAUUCCCCAUCCAGGGCUCCAAGCUUAGGGUUCCCGUGAUCUCGCUCCCUCCCCGUCGCGCCGCCGAUGUCGUCGGAGCCGCCGCCCGCGGAUUCCCCCGAGGCGCCCUCCUCCGCCUCCCCUCCGAAGGAAGCCGCCCCCAGCGGGGGCGCCGCUACGGCGGGGGGCCCCGAGACGAACACGCUCUGGGUGGGAAACCUGCCCUCUCAUGUGAGCGAGGGCGACGUGAUGGCGUUGUUCGCACCGCACGGCGCGCUCGACUGCGCCCUCGCCCGCGCCGGCUCCCGUAGCUACGCUUUCGUCCUCUUCCGCUCCCCCGCAGAGGCCCGCGCAGCAGUCGAGGCGACGCGGGGUGCCAAGGUCAAGGGUGCCGCCAUGCGCACCGAGUUCGCGCGGCCGGCCAGAGCUGUUAAGAAUCUGUGGGUUGGUGGCAUUAGCCCAUCGAUCUCAAAGGAGGAGCUAGAGGAGGAGUUCCAAAAGUUUGGAAAAAUUGAAGGUGUUGCAUUCUCCCGUGAUCAGACUUCUGCAUACAUUGAUUUUGAGAAGCUCGAAGACGCAAUUUCUGCACACAGAUCCUUGAAUGGAAAAACUUUAGGUGGCACAGAAUUGUGUGUUGAUUUCCAGAGGUCCAAGGGCAGAGCGGAAUGGUCAGAGGCGAGCAACUUCAAUGGUAGAGUAUCAGGGCCACCGGGUGAAAAGAGAGGCACUGGCCCUGCAAAGGGUUCCGCUGGAAUACGAAUGCGAGAAGCACAGCCAACCAAUGUUCUUUGGGUUGGUUUUCCCGGUUCAUAUAAAUUUAUUGAUGAGGAGGCGCUUCAGCAAGCCAUGGCAGCAUAUGGUGUGGUUACGAACUCAAAAGUUUUCCAAUCAAGGCAGUAUGCUUUUGUUGAGUUUGCAAGAGUUGCGGAAGCUUAUAACGCUAAGAAGAAUCUAGAUGGUCGUCUUUUCAAUGAUCACAGGAUUCAGAUUCUUUUCUCCAACAGUGAGCUUGCACCGAAUAACUCGCUUGCUGGGUUUCCUAGAUCGGAGAUGUAUUACAAUGAUGGUCGUCAUGGCCCUGGUCUUGGCAGUGGUACUUUGCAAUGGUAUGAUCCGCCUAGUGGAGGAAGACCAAGAUACUCUGGUUAUGGUGGUGUAUCUACUACUGGUGGUAUCCUUCCGCCACCUGAACCAUUGGAUCCAAGAGAAGCCAAAAGAACGAGGCUGGAUGCUGGUGCUGACCCAGUAAGGGCAGGCAGUGCAGGUAUUUCUUCCGUAGGGUUCCGUCAUCAGGGCAGCUCUGUGCACGCUGAGGGGAGCUCGAGCCCUGUUAUUCGAGUCAAGGGCGCAGUGCAUCGAACAUCAUACCUUGAGCACUUCUGGCGUGGUAGUAUUGCCAAAGGUGGAUCUCCUGUUUGUCGUGCUCGUUGUUUGCCUAUAGGGAAGGUCAUUGAUAUAACUCUACCAGAUGUUAUUAAUUGUUCUGCUAGGACAGGACUGGAUAUGCUGGCAAAGCAUUAUGCGGAUGCUACUGGGUUUGAAAUUGUCUUUUUCUUACCAGAUAGCGAAGAUGACUUCGUUUCUUAUACUGAGUUCUUGCACUAUUUGGGCUCGAAAAGCCGGGCAGGGGUUGUAAAAGUCGAUGCAGGGACUACUUUAUUCUUGGUACCGCCAUCCGAUUUCUUGACAAAUGUUUUGCAAGUUGACGGUCCAGAGCGCCUUUAUGGUGUGGUAUUGCACAUUCCACAAAUGUCUGCUGCUGCUGCACUGAGGCCACAGUUAACUGGACCAGAGCUACAAUCAUACUAUGAUGAAAGGGAAACUGUGUCUACUUUGCAAAGGAAGUAUAAUAUCAUUUCCCCUAAUGACAACCGCCAUCUGGACUCUGAUUAUCGGGGAUCUUUGCGUGAGGAUUCAAUGCAUCAUUUGGGGCAAAUACAUGGAAGGCCUCGGGUGGAUGAAGGCCAAGCAGUUCAGCCAGCUCUUGCAGGUUUUUCUACCAAUCAAACAGCAGGGUCGCAAGUACAAUCUUCACUUAACCCUGAUAUUAUGGCUACUUUAGCUAAACUUAUGCCAAGUGUGCAAUCAUCAACUCUGGUAACUGGUCAGAUACCUAUGAACUCCACAGACAGACAGGUGUCAUCACAGAUGCAUGAUGCAUCUACACUUUCUAAAGUAUGGAAACCUGAAAAUCAAGCAAUGGCUUCGAAUCCAUCCUUUGGGCAGAUUGCUAAUCUUCAGCAGCCAGGACAGCAGUUCAACAGGCAAGCUUCAGCUGCUCAUUUGAACUUUGGGAACAUGGUGGGUGCUCAGGAGCACUCAGCACAACAUACUGCUUACAACCCUGAAGUUACUUUGAACUUACCACCACCACCACCUCCAAUUCCUACGCUACCUCACAGUUCUGCUAUGUUACCAUCUCAAGGUGCACACAGUUUGUCUACACAGACGAACCAGCAAUUGUAUCAGCCGGAGCAGUAUUAUGCGUCCCAAAGCAACUAUGGUCAUUCGAACCUUCAGGUCAGCAAUGCUAACAUUCCAGUCCCUCCCAUUCCCCAAGUAAACCAUGGUCCUUCUCCAGCACAUAAUCAGAUGGGAAGUUUGGCCCAGCUCCAGCAUGCUAUGCCAUUGCAUGUUAAUAGAGGAAGUCAGGAUUUCUCUUCUCAAGGGCAAAAUCAACAAAAUUUUGCUCCUGGUGCUGCACAAGCUCCUGAGGAGGCAGAUAAAAGCAAGAAGUACCAUGCAACCCUCCAGUUAGCACAAAGCCUACUGCUUCAGAUACAGCGUGGAUCUGGAAAUCAGCCAUGAGACGAAGUUAUUGCUUCAGGUACGUGCACCUCUGCAUCUAAUAUAUUUUUCUGUUGUUUGCUAUAUCUUAUCUGCUAAAGUGCAAGGUUCAGCUAAUCAUUGUUAACUUAAUCCUAACAAUAUCAUGCAUUUGUUAAGCUCAAAUUGUAAUUCCUGCAAAGAGUUAGUUCUAAACAAUGUUAACAACAGAGCAAUUAUCUGAAAUGACCAUUUUUAGGCAUCUCAAGGUAGUGUUAAGUUGGCUUAGGGUAUUAGACACAAUGCACAUCUAACACAUUAAAAAUGAAGUAAAAGGAAUGAAACAUAAACCAAGGGUUUAGAUCACUUCCAGUGAAACUUUUGGUAACGAUUCCAAACAUAUAUGUCCUUGUUAAGUAAGACCAUUUGUGUGCACUUCUUUUUUGCGAGGAUGCUUGCAUAGUAUGCUGAUUUUUGCAUUUUUUUUCUUGAUCGAGUUGCUUAGUUUGGUCUAUAGUUUCUUUGAUAGACUAGUGAGUGUUUAAGCAUUACAGUAGAUAAAGGCAUGCUAAAACACUGCAUAGCUUACUUGAGGCAACACUAGCUCCUUAAUUGAUGAUAAAUGUAUGAACAUCUUUAAUGUAAUGGCUUUGUGAUAUCUAUACUUGAGAAGCUGGGGUACUUGGAAACAAA